AUGCCAGAAGAUAAGGAGCAAAUUAGGAAACGAGCUAGUUACAAGGGACAAAUAACAGCUUUUUCAAAUUAUUUAAAUUCACUGAAGGUAUCUUCAUUGGCUGCUACUGAGGUAAAUGAGUUGCAAUUACGUAUUAGUAGGAUUGAGUCAAUGUAUGAACGAUAUGAUGAGGUACAAUUAUCCAUCGAGUGUAAUACUGAUAAUAUAGACGCCCAGAUAUCAGAACGAACUGAUUUUGAAUCCCUGUAUUUUAAAUCGCUUUCUCUUGCAAAAAGGAUCUUAGCAGAUUGCAUUAAGUCAGAUGACGUAAGCAGUGACGGUGGCUCUCAUUCCGGCAAUCAUAAAUUUGUUAAACUGCCCACUAUUCAACUACCUAAAUUUAAUGGUUCUUAUGAUAAUUGGUUAGAGUUUCAUGACACGUUCAUGAGCCUCAUACAUUCAAAUGACGAGAUAGAUGACAUAAAUAAGUUUCACUAUCUGAGAGCGUCGUUGGAAGGGCCCGCUGCUGUGGUAAUACAGUCAAUCGAAUUCUCGGCAGCUAAUUACACCGUCGCAUGGACUAUAUUAUGUGAUAGAUAUGAUAAUAAAAGACUACUAAUUCAAAAUCACGUGACAGCCUUAUUUAAUAUAGCACCAAUUAAUAAAGAAUUGUCUGUCAACUUAAAACGUCUUAUUGACCAAAUAAAUAAAAAUUUACGUGCACUAGAAUCUCUCGGUGAGCCAACUAAACAAUGGGACACACUUCUCAUUCAUAUUAUUACUCAAAAAUUAGAUGCUAAGACAUAUCGUGAAUGGGAAGAGUCUAAAGGUCGUUUGGAGAAAGAUACACCUAUUACGUUCGAUAUAUUUUUGAUGUUUUUAAAAAAUCGAGCCGAUUUAAUCGAAACACUAGAAAUGUCUAAUUCUGGUGCUACUAACCGUUUAAAUUCUUCUAUAAAAUAUGCUCCAAAAGUUAAGGCAAUGGUUUCAGUGCGGGAUACCGGUAAUAAAAACGGUUCGGCCUUUUCCGCCAAACUGUGUCCUAAAUGUAAGGGUGACCAUAAGUUAAGCAGUUGUCCUCAGUUUCUUGGAUUAAGUAACGAUGUGCGUCUACAGUUACUGCCAGAGUAUAAAGUAUGUUUCAAUUGUCUUAAUUCAGGACAUUAUGCAAAUCACUGCAAAAAGCCAGGAUGCAAAAUAUGCCACCGAAAGCAUAACACUCUCGUGCACGUCGCAGAUUACCAGUCAAAACCAAUUACAGAUAUUAAUACAUCUAACACGAGUAGUGGUAAUAAUAAGCCUGUUAUGCAAGGUCAUUUCGAACAAACAAACAGUUCGACAGGCUCACAGUUGUCAUCCAAUUCUAACGCACAUCUGUCAUUAUCCGCAAAGGUAGGCACUGCAUCGUGUAGUGAACAAGGCGACGUAUUGUUAUCGACGGCAUUAAUUAAAGUUAUAGGUAAGAAUGGUUGUCCAUAUAUUGCUCGUGCUAUUCUUGAUAGUGGCAGUAACGCUUGUUUAAUAACUGAAGAGUUAUAUCAAAGGCUAGGUUUGCCCGCUCAAAAUGUAAAUCAGUCGGUAGUCGGUAUUAAUAAUGCUUCGGCACACAUCAAGAAGAUUUGUAAGGUAUCGAUAAAAUCAUUGAAUGAUAACUUCUCUAGUAAUCUUCAUUGUUUUGUCCUACCAUCAAUAACCCAAAAUGUACCUACUAGAUAUGUUAAUUUGUCAAACUUAAAAAUUCCAUCUAAUAUUUCUCUGGCAGAUCCUAAUUUUCACUCACCUGCUCCCGUUGACAUGCUUAUAGGUGCUGAUGUCUUUUGGGACUUAAUAGGAACGCAGAGAUUAAAAUUAGGGGACGGUCAGCCGAUUCUUUGUGAAACUAGCUUAGGAUGGUUAGUAUCAGGUCCGAUAGAUUAUAGAUAUGUAAAGAAAGGGGUUAACUUUAUUAAAUGUAAUUUUACAAGAAUAUUUCAAGAUGAGGCUAGUAAAGAUUUAGAUGAAGAUAUACAAAAACAAUUAGUACGCUUCUGGCACCUCGAAGAGGUAAGCCCUGCGUCUCUUUAUUCAAACGAAGAAAAAUUAUGCGAAGAACACUUUUUAAAAAACACCACGCGACUGGCAAAUGGUCGAUUUUGCGUGAGGAUACCCUUAAAACAUAAUCCUGACGUAUUAGGUGAUUCUUGGCCACGAGCUAAAAAGUGUUUACUAUCGCUAGAGCGCAGGUUAGCAGGUCAAUCUCAGGUCUAUGAAAUGUAUAAAGAAUUUAUGUCAGAGUAUGAAAGUCUGGGUCAUAUGGAGAAAUGUGAGAAUGAUAAUUUACCACGUAAGAUGCAUUUUAUACCACAUCACGGUGUGCUUCGGGAAAGUAGUACUACUACUAAAUUAAGAGUCGUUUUCAAUGCUAGCAGUCCGACUUCUUCGGGUGUUUCCUUGAAUGAUAUACAGAUGGUAGGUCCCGUGGUACAGGACGACCUUUUGUCCAUUCUUUUACGCUUUCGGCUACACAAAUACGUUCUCACAGCUGAUGUUGAGAAAAUGUACCGGCAAAUAGUCAUUCAUCCCGAUGACCGCUAUUUGCAACAAAUUGUCUGGCGUGAUAACCCUUCAGAACAGCUUCAAGCUUAUCAACUUAACACCGUGACUUACGGCACCUCUAGUGCUCCCUUUUUGGCAACUAGGUGCCUCCAACAAUUAGGCUUAGAGUGUACCGAUGACAAGGUUGCUCAAGUGAUCAUUCACGAUUUUUACGUUGAUGACUUGCUAACGGGAGGGGAUGAUAUUAACGAGGUUACAGAUUUGCGCCGUAAAGUGACUUCCACACUUGCAUCAGCUCAUAUGGUUUUGCGAAAGUGGAAGUCGAAUGAAUCUCAACUGGUUAGUGAAAAUGAUAUUUCUCCGCUUGAUUUGAAUAUUGGUGGCUUUGAACCGACUAAAACUUUAGGCCUUGGUUGGCAAUCACAUACUGACCAACUUUGUUUCCCUAUAGGAGGGCUAUUCUCAGGUAGAACAAAGCGUGAUAUGUUAUCUGUGAUUUCUCAGAUUUUUGAUCCACUAGGACUUCUAUCUCCCUGUGUAAUUAAGAUGAAAAUGCUUCUUCAACAGUUGUGGCUGCUCAAGCUGUCAUGGGAUGAGCAGUUGACGCCAGAAAUCAGCAAGAUGUGGGCUGAGAUAAUAGUCGAUUUACCUAAAUUAAAUACUCUACGUAUUCCACGUCGUGUUAUUUGUGACUCGCCUAGUUUGUUAGAAUUUCAUAUUUUCUCGGACGCUUCUGAGCGAGCAUAUGGCGCUUGUUUAUAUGUGCGUAGUGUUAAUGAUCAGGGUGAGGUUUUAAUUCAAUUAUUGACGGCGAAAAGUCGUGUCGCGCCGCUUAAACCUAUAACAAUCCCAAGACUGGAACUUUGUGGUGCACUUGUUGGAGCUCGCCUUUACCAAAAGGUUGUAGCAUCGCUGAGACAAAGGCUAAGCGCACUUUCUUUUGGACAGAUUCGUCCAUCGUGUUAG